AUGCCGAGAUCGAAGCUGCGUCCUCCGUCGAGAGGUUCUUCUUUCUCCAUUGAGAACCUGCUGCGCACCGCUUACAGAGGGGCUUCAUGCGAGGAGCACGUGGACCCCCCGAGCUCCAAAGUGACCGUCCACUGCCCGGUGGUCUGUCCGGGACCGGAAACAAAACGUCUGACCGGCGGUGAAGUGCUGCACUGGAACAAGACAUCGCCAAACAACGCGUGCGGCACGUCGAGAAGUCCACCGUACAAAGAUGAACAAGCGCACCCUGUGCCAACGUGCGACCGGGAUUCCCCAACAGAACGGGCGGGGACCGACGAGCCGGAGGACCAGGGGGACGAUAGUUUGACGAAUGACAGAGAGGAGGAGGACUCGCGCUCCUCCUACAGCUGCGAUACAGCCGACAUGAAAGUGUCGCGGAAGAAGAAGACCCGCACCGUGUUCAGCCGGAGUCAGGUGUUCCAGCUGGAGUCCACUUUCGACCUGAAGCGCUACCUGAGCGGCUCGGAGCGAGCCGGGUUGGCCGCCUCGCUGCAGCUCACCGAGACCCAGGUGAAGAUCUGGUUUCAAAACCGCAGGAACAAGUGGAAGAGGCAGAUCGCUGCGGACAUGGAGGCCAGCAGCGCCGGGGUCCCCUUCGCCGCCCAGAGGGUCGUCAGAGUUCCCGCGUUGUAUCGCGAGAACAUCACUGCGAGAACGCCACCGGUGGUGUUCUUCUCCAACGACAUCAACUACCCAUUGACUUCCCACUUCAACCACCCGGGGUCGUUCAUAACGCCACAGAUGACUGGACUGGUGUGA